UUCAAUUUUGCUUAACCACAAUGGCAAGCACAGACCUUACCAGAGCUUUGUGCUUUAUGAUUGAGGAGAAUUUUGCCCAAAAGCAAAUGUUGCGGGAGAAGUGUGCUAUUAUUGAAGUUUUCCAAAACCAAGUUCAAGAAUUACAGAUCGGUAAUGGAUUACAGUAUUAGACGAUUCGUACCCAGCACAAAAUAAUCGAUGGAUAUAAGGCUGCAGAUACGAGAGAUAAAGCAUUACAGAAUUCCAGAAGUGUUGGAUCUCUUGAUUUGAAAAGCAACAGGCUUGGCUCUGCCUGAUUCUGGCCGUUUUCGCACUGCGCGGCGCUGUGCUGUUUCGAUGGAGUGAACGACAGUUAGGGUGACCCAUUACAAACUAGUCGGUCUAUCCCCGCUAGUCUUGGAGGCUGCCCCUGGCGUUUGUUUAUUCACAGUUAGGCCCUUUGUUAAUCUUUUUGUGGCGCAUUCAUUGU